UGACAAUGCCUGAGCCAGCAAAAUCCGCGCCCAAAAAGGGCUCCAAGAAAGCCGUUUCCAAGACCGCCGCAAAGAGCGGCAAGAAGCGCAGAAAGUCCAGGAAGGAGAGUUACGCCAUCUACGUGUACAAGGUACUGAAGCAGGUCCACCCUGACACUGGUAUCUCCUCCAAGGCCAUGGGAAUCAUGAACUCCUUCGUCAACGAUAUUUUCGAGCGUAUCGCCGGAGAGUCGUCUCGCCUGGCUCACUACAACAAGCGUUCAACCAUCACCUCCAGGGAGAUCCAGACCGCCGUCCGCCUGCUGCUCCCCGGUGAGCUGGCCAAACACGCCGUGUCCGAGGGCACCAAGGCCGUGACCAAGUACACCAGCUCCAAGUAAACGGGCUCCUUCAAAUUUACCCCAAAGGCUUUUUUAAAAGCCACCCACUGUUCUCUAAAAUUGAGAAAGGUCCAUCACAUUUGCUUUAAAAUGUCUUCCUGUAUUUUAUAUGAACCAACUCCUGAUCUCUGAACAGGGACAGGUCAGUCUACUCUUUACAGCCGAAAGCGUAUAUUCUGCAAACAAAUACGACAGUAGUGUUUCAAUGUCUUAAGCACAGUGCAAUAGUAACAUCUCGAUUCCUCAGCAAUCUCAACGUUGUCUUUACAGUAUGUGCCUGUGUAGCCCAGGUUAAUAUGGACAAGUGAAUUAGAUAUAAAUUAUCGAUACAUUUGCUUAACAGAUCAUUCUUUCAUUGUAUGUAAAUAUUCAAUACGUGCAUACAAUGGCUGUUUUUUUUUUUUUUUUAAUAGUAGUAACCACUUUUGCAGCUGUAGUUCAUCACGUUGCUGCAAUGUCAUCGGGCGCGCAACUUGAGCGUCCUGUGGAAAGGCGCGAAUGGAGACAAAUAUCUCCAAACAAGUACAAUGAAGUUUAGGAUUUGAGUUGAACGUAAGGAAGUUGACAAACGGUAGACAAAACGAAACCCGAAACGAUGGAAACUUAGAUCUGAGGAUCCAUGGAUAAAGACUUCUGAAAUGGAUAUUGUUUGUUUCGUUUAUUUUUACAGGGACAAUACACAUUAAUCAACGUUUCAGUAAAAGUGAAGGUUUUAGCCAGUGGCUAAUUCAACCGCAAUCCCUGGGCUGGUUAUAUCCUGGUUGGUUCUGGCUGUUGAAGACUUGACAACGGUCAUCAUCACUCCUCAGCGGCUCGUCAUCUGCAGCAUCGUUGCUGUCUGAACUUGUAACCAAAGGGGUGGGAGGGAACUGAGGGCUAUCAGGGAAGCACUGGACUUCAAACCUGAGAUCUCAGUGGAUAGUUAUGUUUUUUAUUAGUUGUUGGGUCAAAAUCACCAUAAAGUGCCUUUGAGACAUCACAAUUUACAAAAUAAAAAAAUAGAUUUUCCAUUUAACUUCAUGUGUUGUAUUAAGG